AUGUCUAGUUACAACAACAUCAACACCAACAAUUCUACUUGUAAUUUGUGCUCCAUCCUUUCUAAGGACAAAUUGAAUGUUGAACGUUUCAUUGCAAGUGAGAGGGAAAUGAUAAUCGUUCUUAGAACUGAUAAGUUUAACGACUUUCACAUGCAAGGGGAGGAAGCAACAAUGAAAGAGAUGCAUGAAAGGCUAACUCAGACUGAGCAAAACAUCCCUAACGAGCCAGGAAAAGAAUAUGAGGAUGUUCUCGUGGUUAGUAAAGGGAAAUCGCUUAAUAGGAUUGGGACUGCUAUUAAGAAGGACAAAAGGAAACAAGUUGCCAAGUAUGAAGCUUCUGAAAAGCAAAAGACUAGACCAAAACCAAAAGUUGUUGAUGAGCACUAUUGUUACACCUGCAACAAGGUUGGUCAUUGGAAAAGUAGUCGUCGCAAGUAUCUGAAGGAUCAAAAUAAGGGAGUUUCUAGUUCAGAUAUGUAUGUUAUAGAAGUUAACUUAGCAACUUCUGCUUCUUGGGUAUUUGAUACCGCUUGUGGUUCACACAUUAUUUGUAAUAUGCAAGGCCUCAAAAGAAGUAGAAUAUUGGGAAAGGGAAAAUUAGAUCUUCGCGUUGGCAAUGGAGCACGAGUUCUAGCUAUAUUGGCACUGUGGGUAUAUAGUCUACUUUUACCUUCAGGAUUAAUUGGUUUUAGAACUUAA